AAAUACAUAAAAGUAAACAUGCUUGUCAGACAACUCAUGCUCUUUGUGGAGCAAACAGGAUCAAUAGGUUUUAGGAGGAGUUUUAUGAAUAGCUCCGCCCGAAUGGCUUCUUUUUACGAUUUUUCACUCAAAACACUGAAGGGUGAAACUAAGUCUAUGUCAGAUUACAAGGGAAAAGUUGUUCUUAUUGAAAAUACAGCAACUUUAUGAGGAACAACCACCAGGGAUUACUUACAGAUGAACGAAUUGAUGGAGAAAUACUCCUCAAAAGGUUUGUCAAUCCUUGGUUUCUCUAGCAAUCAAUUUGGACACCAAGAAAACUGUUCCACUGAAGAAGUUCUUGAUCAACUGAAACACAUUCGUCCAGGAAAUGGUUUUGUUCCAAAAAUUGAAAUGAUGGGAAAAAUAGAUGUCAAUGGAAAUAAUGCUGAUCCGUUAUUUAAAUUUUUGAAAGAAAAAUUACCGGUACCCUCUGACGAUACAGUUAGUUUUCUUGACAAUCCCGACUUCAUUAUUUGGAGACCUGUCCAACGAAGUGAUAUUGCAUGGAACUUUGAGAAAUUUCUUAUUGACCGAAGUGGUGUCCCAGUAAAAAGAUUUAGCAAAAAAUACUUGACUAAGGAUAUUGCUGAAGAUAUAGAAAAAUUGCUGUAAAAUUAUCGAAGUCUGAAGAUGUUUAAUUCACCUGAUUUAACCAUUUUUGCUUUUUAAAUAAGGUUUCUAAAGUUUGGUAAAAGGUUUUACAAACUGCCAAAAUAGUGACUAUUUUUCAAAGUUUAUAUUUAACUAGUAUUUACCUAAUAUAUAAAAUAUUUUUUUAUAUUUUGAUUGUCUAAACAGGGUUUCUUAAAUACAAUUUCUUUUAGUUCUCAACUUGAGCCAAAAAAGUUACCCCGUUGUUCGGUUUCGUUAAAAUUCUAGGUAUAUAUUUAUAAAUUGUAUAAACUUAAACAAUUUUCCAAUAUUUAUGAUUUUAUGUUAGUAACCGUUUGUACAACAGACUAUCAUGAAUGAUGCAAAAAUAUAUUGUAAAACUAAUUUUUAGUCUUUUAUUGGAUUUUCCAACAACCCAGAAUUUUCUUGCGUAUGUAGCCUAAGAAGAAUCAUUGCGUCACUUUUCGUUUCCUGCACAUCUCCGUGUGGGGGAUCAAUUCUUAGUUUUUGAUGACCAAGCAUGUUUCUAUCGUAAUUCUGACGCACGAAGUUAAUUACGAUUUCAUAUUAAAAUGAUUAUUUUCCAAUUAAGUUUUGCAAUUAUCCGCAGUUGAUGAGGUCUGUAUUUAAAUGGAUAGGUUAUAAAGGUAAAGUUCAUGUAGGUUAUAAUUACGUUGAUUGAGACAAAGAAAAUUAUUACUGACUCGAUAAACCAGAAUUAAUAGAUAUUAACCUUGUAACUAACUUAUUAUACGUUAUACUUAGCAAACACAACUUUUACUUUCGAAGAUUGUAAAAAUAGUGAAGGAGGAAAAACUUCAGAGUGGUUCCAUUGUAAAAUGGAUUAUCUUUUUAGUGUAUGUUGAUAUGGAGCUAUAGUGUAUCACUUUCUAAUCCCGUCGCACUUUGUAAUCCUAUCGUAUUUUUUAAUUCAAUUUUGUUACACUUUGUAUUCCUAUCGCACUUUGUAAUCCCAAACCUAUCUCAAUUUAUAAUCCUUUCAUGACGCACGUUGUAAUCCCUCGACAUUUCGCACUUCGUAAUUCCACCUUGUUACACUUUAUACUAAUUCUUGAAAUUAUUUUUAAAAUUUACUCACAAUAUUGAUAAAAUAUUCUUCAGGAUAAAGAAAAAAAAUGGUAUAUAUUCCAUUCAUUUGAUUUUCAAUUAAAUUGGAUAUUUUCAAUUUAAUUUGAAAUACUCAAAACGAGCACGUGGAUCUUUGAUUUUUGUUUUAAAUAUUUGUAUCAUAUUACGAUAAUAGAUUUCACGAGCAAGAUUAUUUUUUUCUUCAAUUUUUUUUGUAAUAUUGUAUAUUGUAACUCUGCCUUUAGGGUUAUUAACAAGAAACUUCUAUAGAGACUUUUUAAACAAAGGUGUGUAACGUAUAUUAAUGAAAAAAAAUGGAAAAGAAAGAACAGUAACCAAAAUUAAUAUCAAAUGAGUAAAAGUUAA